UAACUCAAUAUUGCUCACAGAAGAAGAUAAAGGAGGUAAUGUGGAAUUGAAUCGAACAUUGUGACUGGUUUUAUUUUAUUUUGUUUUAAUUCUUAUUAACCCAUAUUUUCGAAAUAAUGAAUCCUGAAGAUUUUGUUCAGUACAGUUUACAUUGUAGAGGAGCGUAUACUCCUCGAGGUGGAUCAGUUCCUCCAUCUCCUCGUUUUAGGCCUAAUCAGGGUAAUGGCAACUGGAAUUACCGACCUAUCGGUAAUCAUGACAGGACUAAUGUCGAUUUCACACCAACAAAAAAUUUCAUACGAAGUCCUCAUCAUCAGUCAAAUCCAAGUUUUAGAGGGCGUGGGACUUACAAUUAUAAGGGAACCAAUCCACAUCACUCUUCCCCACGUAGUCCUAAUGUAACCAGAUUCAACAGCCCAGAACUAUGGCAGUCACCAUCACCACAGGCAUCAUUGGCAGUAGCACAAGAAAGAUGGGGAAGGCCACCCAUACAUUUUUCACCCUCACCUAGUCCAAAUUCGAGUCCGUCCUACUUAAGGUAUCAACAGACAUUUUCUAACAACUCCAGUUCAAUGUCAUUGUCUGGUGGUUACUUUUCAACACCAAACAGCAGUCCAAGUGGGAAAAGACAGGGUCGUGGUUCAUACUCUUACCGUGGAAGAUCAUCACAAGGGUCCGAAUGUAAUCCAGGAGGUAGUUGUGACAUCAGGGAUUAUGCCAACCUAUCCAUGCUCCAAAACCCUUGGCAGGAGCUUGAACAGCUGCAAAAAUCUUCAACAGAUCACAAGCUGGGAGGUACAAACACAAGUUGACUAUAAUUAUUAAUGAUCGACAUUUUGUUUCAUAAAAUGAAUUUAAGGAAAAUGUUAAUGAUGUGUCAAUCUCAUGUGAAAAAACUAUGAAUUGAAGAGGUUACUUGUAUUGCAUAAUGAACUACAGUCAUUUCUUCAUUUGUUAAAAUAAAAGAUACAUAUAGGACAAUACUGAAAGAAAGCAAAGAUAUAGAUACAUGGCUCUAACAUGUAUAAAUGUAUAUACUUUGUCAUUCUUCAUAAUAGAAUCAACCAAAAGACUUAGUUUUAUUUAAUUAUUUCUAAAAGAAAAAUUGUAAUACUCUGUUAAAUGCCAAUCAGCAGAGAAGAGCUCUUUCAAAACAGAUAAAACAUCAGACAUAGUUCCCUAAGUGAACAAAGUUACAUAUAGGGCAAAUACUUCAAAGUCUUUUCUAACAUAUGCUUCUCUUUACUUUAGAAAUAAAAGUAAUGUAGGUCCAUUCUUUUCCAAAGCUUUUAUGCCCAUUUUUAUGUAAACUACAAGAUAACCAAUAUAUUGCAGAACGAAAAAUCUAAUAAAUAGUUCCAUGACCAGCAUGCUACAAUCCAUAACAUAUCAAGUAAAAUAUUGAAAUAGUAGUAAAUUCUUCAAAGUUCUUUGGUGAAUGUAAGGAUGCAAUACCUUCUUGUACCAAUCCUUAACAAGUAUAUUAUGAGAAACCUAGACAUCUAAUAUCUACAAAAUCAAAAUUAUGAUUUUUUUUUAAACUGGCUAUGAAACUGUAAGUGACUUUAAUGUUACCACAAUAACUCUGUCAAGAUAUGAGCAGUCAUUUACAAAACUAGAAAAACUUUGGGAAAAUAUUUUAUUAAUUAUUAUAAAAAAAUCAGAAUAAACCAGCUCAAAAUUUUGGUUUUUAGUUAAAAAGCAAAAAAUAAACAAAUCUGUGACAAAAAAUGGAGUAAGCAAUAGGAUCAAGAGCAUUCUCACCUGAUAAUGCCUUAGCUAGAAUCACACAGAUAUCACAGGUCUUGUUUCAGUCAUUUUCUGAAAAAAAAAAUCAAUUCAAGUUUUAGUACCUAUCAGUAUAACAUAUUUAUAACCAUGUUUUACUAUUGUUGUUAAUUUUACUCGGAUUGUUUUACAAAUAUGCUAAUCAUACUUUUCUUGUUUUCUCUUUAACAUUUUUUUGUACUUGAAAACCCAGCAGGAGAAACACAAUCAUCUACAUACUGUUAAUUUUACAGAAGGGUUUAUGAAUAACAAAAUGAUAAAGAUGUAUGCACAAUACAUUUAUCAUAUUUUAUGCAAAACAAAAGCUAGAUAAACUUAAAUGUGUAAUACAGCAGUCAGUAACUUUAGAAACAAUUUUUUUAAAGAAACUUUGCACGUGUUUUGAAGGUUUGUAGGUUGAUGUAUAUAUGUGAUUUUGGGGGAAAUGAUUUGUCACUCUAUGAUCUUUCUUUGACAGAAUUGUGUAUGCAGUUUAAUUCAUUACACAUUUUAUAAAACUCAAACUAAUACAGUUCAUGGCCUAAUGAAAUUCAUGCUGUGACUCUUUGUAUUUUUUAUGAGAUAUUGGAUUGUUUUUAUAAGUGAGUUGUGUAGUUUACAUGUAUAAAGAACAUACCAUUAUUCCAGUGUUUUUAACAUUUCAACAUGAAUAAAAAAAAGAAUUUUUGCUUA